CAUCAGGAAGUAGAGUAACGUCUUGUGUACUGUUUGAGAGUUGCGCAAGACUAAAAAAAUGUAGCUUUGUUUGUUGAUCUCCUGUAUUGAAAACAGAUAGACCCGUCUUCAAUUUGAUCGAUUAUUAACGUUUACAAAUACCUUAAGUUGUAUUACAAAAGUACUUUGAAAUGUUUUGGCAAAGUUUAGAGGUAAUUUUUUAGAUAUUUUGUAGUGACUUUGCGCAAAUUGGAAGCUGUUUUUUUCUGGAUCAAAGGCGCCAAAUAAAUGGACAAUUUGUAUAUAUAUGGACGGAAUUAAUCGAACAAAAGGACCAUUUGUGAUGUUCAUGGGACAUAUUGGAGUGCCAACAAAAGAAUCUUGUCAAAGAAAAAACGUCAGAAAGCAAAUUCAGUUGAUGUGGAGCAGAAGACAAGAAAGAAGAAGGAGAGUGGCACUUCAUCCCCCUCUCCAAUUCCAUCUGACCGUUCUGAACAGAAUGGCUUCGCCACCUCUGACCCCUCACCCUCUGACCAACUCUCCUCCCUCCAUCCACCUCCCUCUCCUGUUAAAUGUUCCUCUCAGCCUUGCUCUCCUGCUAAACAGCCCUCUGUACCCCGGUCACCUGCCAAACACCCUUCCCCAGUGAAAUCCUCUCCAGUGGUGUCCCAUCCUAGUUCUCCCUCUCCUACCAACCCUCUGGACUGUCAUGGAGACACCAGCCAUGAGGGCACAACAGUCAGACCUCUGUCUCUUCAGGAACACUCUAGUCCAAGACCCCAGAGGCCAGUCUCGGCCACCAGAAGCAUGACUCUUCCCAGGGCCAGUUCAGCCACCAGAAGCAUGACUCUUCCCAGGGCCAGUUCAGCCACCAGAAGCAUGACUCUUCCCAGGGCCAUUUCAGCCACCAGAAGCAUGACUCUUCCCAGGGCCAGCUCAGCCACCAGAAGCAUGACUCUUCCCAGGGCCAGCUCAGCCACCAGAAGCAUGACUCUUCCCAGGGCCAGUUCAGCCACCAGAAGCAUGACUCUUCCCAGGGCCAGCUCAGCCACCAGAAGCAUGACUCUUCCCAGGGCCAGCUCAGCCACCAGAAGCAUGACUCUUCCCAGGGCCAGCUCAGCCACCAGCAGCAUGACUCUUCCCAGGGCCAGCUCAGCCACCAGAAGCAUGACUCUUCCCAGGGCCAGCUCAGCCACCAGCAGCAUGACUCUUCCCAGGGCCAGCUCAGCCACCAGAAGCAUGACUCUUCCCAGGGCCAGCUCAGCCACCAGAGGGCCAGAAGAGACCCAGGGGGCCAGAGGAGAACGGGGGGCACUGGUCAACAUGGAACUUCUUGGGUUGCCUAACAUUGGCAACACUUGCUUCCUUAACGCCACCCUGCAGUGCCUCCUGGUCCUGCCGUCCUUCUCAAAGGCAAUCCUGCACCAGGAACAACUCUGGAGCUCCUCCCCCUUCUCCAACCUGCUCAGGUGUCUGUCUGAUGUGCACCGUUUGAGUCUACCUGACAGUGGUGCAAACCAGGCCUCAAAAGCAGACCUCAUGUGGAAGGUCAAGUACUCCUUGUCGGGAUACGAUUUGAAGUAUCUAGGGGACACGCAACAGGUAACUGAGGCACUACUCUCUUGUGUACGAGCGCUCUUUUUGACGCACACAAGUUACUAG